UUCAGUUGUUCGGAAGACCGGCUGUGAGCGGGCCGUUGUUGAACGAGUAAAACUUACUGUGACCUGUGCCUAAGUUAUAAAAAAAAAUAAGUGGGUUUUUUUAUUAAGUUUAUGAAUAGGCUUGGAAGUUAAGAAGUUUAAUAAGUUAAAUUAAACGCGGGCGAGCAGGCCCCGGGCCCCGGCCAGCAUGCAGCGACCCACGACGAGCACGGAGCGCACGCCGCUGGUGCAGCCCACCUACAUGUUCGAGUCCAGCGUCUCCCGGAGCUACCAGAAGCGGCUGCGGCACUUCCAAUGCGCCAUUUGCGUUAUCCUACUCAGUGUCCUGCUCUCCAUAUCGCUGCUGAUCAUGGUCUCGUACAGCCUCAGCCAAGACACGAUUAUCAACGGGGACAACGGAACAGCUCCUGGGAACCUCACACUCCUCAGAUUGGGCGUUAAUGACGACCUGCUUCCACUGUUGAACAGAACGUGGCCUUUGGAUGGUCAACGCCCACCAUCAUGGACAGCUCCAAACCUAACCUCGCAAGCCAUCGCAGCUGCCGUAGUCCAAGGCAAGGAUGCCCUCAAGAAAAGAAGACUGAUCGAGAAGAAUCUCAUACCUUUAGCCUCAGACUCCCCAGCUUCCAGGGCGCAGAGGGCGGCGGCAACGUCUUCCAGCGUCAAGCCUUUGGCUGAAACGGCUUUUGCUGCUGAGGAAGCUACUAGAGUAUUGCUGAAUGGAACUGAUCGCGCCAACACUGGCGGCAUUGGCUUCGGUCCACCAACAAACAGUUCCUUCGAAGAGCCUGCCUACUGCCGCCCCCCCACUGCACCCUGCCCGCUCUCCAAGUACAGAAGCCAGGAUGGUACCUGCAACAACCUGGACCAUCCCAUCCUUUGGGGUGUCACCAAUACGCCCUUCAGAAGGGUGCUUCCCGCUGCGUAUGGAGAUGGCAUCAGCUCACCAAGAGAAGGAGUGGACGGGGCGAGCCUGCCGAGUGCUCGUGACGUGAGCGUCACAGUACACCGCCCGAGCUAUGCUCACGACUCACAGUUUACCGUCAUGCUGGCAGUGUGGGGACAGUUCAUCGACCACGACAUCACCGCCACUGCUCUUAGCAAGGGUGAGAACAGCAGCUCGCUGUCGUGCUGCGACGCCAGCAACGCGCACCCGGAGUGCUUCCCCGUGCGGCUGGACCCGGAGGACCCCUACUACCAGGACUACAACCUCACUUGCAUGGAGUUCGUGCGGUCCGCGCCCGCGCCUACUUGCCAUUUCGGUCCUCGUGAGCAGCUAAACCAAGCAACAGCCUUCCUCGACGCCUCAGCAGUGUACAGCUUCUCGGAGACCAAGACUUACCAGCUGCGUGAGGGUGUCAAUGGACAGCUUCGAAUGCUGAAGCUGGGACCCUGGGAGCUCCUGCCUCCUUCCACUGACCCUAAUGAUGGUUGUAAUACCGUGGAGAUGAGCGCUAAGGGACGAUACUGCUUUGAAUCUGGUGAUGAUAGAGCUAAUGAAAACCUCCACCUCACAACAAUGCAUCUGAUCUGGGCGCGCCAGCACAACAGACUGGCAGCUAUUUUGAAAAAACAGAACCCGGUCUGGGAUGAUGAGACUGUGUUCCAAGAGACGAGGAGAAUUGUUGGUGCUCAGAUGCAGCAUAUCACUUACGCAGAGUUCCUGCCUGCAAUACUUGGUCAAGAUGUGAUGUGGGCGCUGAACCUGACGCUCGUGGAGCACGGAUACGCCGACGUGUAUGAUCGCACGGUGGACCCCUCCAUAGCUAACCAUUUCUCUGCUGCCGCCUUCAGAUUUGCACAUACGCUCUUGCCGGGCCUCAUCCACAACGUAGAUGCGACUACAGGCACCGUCAGUUACACCCAGUUGCAUGAAAUGCUGUUCAACCCUUACGCAUUGUACGCGGAAAAGGGCCCCAAGUACGCUGUAAAGUCAGCCCUCAAUACUCCUGUGCAUAGUGUUGACCCACAUAUCACUACAGAGCUGAGCGAACAUCUUUUUGAAAGGUCCCCCGCGAAUGCAUCGUCAUCAGUAACUCCCGCACCACACAGCAUUCCUUGCGGCCUGGACCUGGUCUCCCUCAACAUCCAGCGUGGAAGGGAUCACGGCUUGCCAGCCUACCCCGCGUGGAGGGAGCACUGCGGUCUGUCCCGACCGAAGAACUUCACUGAUCUCGAGCAAAUCUUCGAUCCACUGUCUUUGAGCAGAAUUAAUAACAUCUACAGGAGUGUAGAUGACAUUGACCUGUACACGGGUGCUUUAGCUGAAGAGCCCCGCGGCCGCCUGCUCGGCCCCACGCUCACCUGCAUGGUGGCAGACCAGUUCCUGAGGCUCAAGGUCGGCGACAGGUUCUGGUAUGAGACCUCCGAUGAGAUCGUUGGGUUUAGUUUGGAGCAACUGACUGAAAUACGAAAAACCACCUUAGCUGGUGUGAUCUGCGCAAACGAACAGUUACUAGACCAGGCUCAGCCCAGGGUCAUGGAAGCUCUCAGCGCCACUAACCCCCUGGUAGACUGCAAGGAGCUCCCCCAGCCUGACUUCAAGCCCUGGAAGCUCCCCGGACCCUCGACUCCGUCGCCGCAGUCGCAGAAAUCCGCCUCCAAAAAACCCUGGACCAAGAUGACUGGACAAUAAAAUAAUAUUGAUAAAGAUCAUAGACCAUUAAGAAAUAAGGAUAAAAAUUUACAAAGCAGGGUAAAAUGUU